UCUUAUAAAAGGAACAAAAAGACAAAAACACAUCUAGAAUCAAUAUGGGUUUUCUUCAACGAAUCUCUUUGAUGAUCACAUCUUUGAUCAUCCUCCACACAAUCCCAUCGACCACAUCGACCCCAAUCACACCAGACGCCCCAACAAUGAUUCUAAUCGAUAGCAUAUGCGUCAACACCAGGAACAUGUAUUUUUGUGAGCAAACAAUCAUCUCGAAACUCGAUAACCCCCACACAGACAUCAAGAUCAUAUCGAAAAUCGCAGCGUUCAACGCAGUGUACAUCACCACAACAGCAGGUAAUCUCAUUAGAGAUGAAUUUAUUCCCAAAGCAGAGAAUCCUCUUGUCAAGACCCAACUUGUUCAUUGCCAGGCAACGUACAGAGCUGUACAAAAGCUUCUCGAAGGUGCUUAUAUGGCACACUUACGCGGUGAUUAUUCGGAUAUGAGACACUAUCAAUCAAGUGUGCUUGGUAUGCUAGAUAGCUGUAAAACAGAUUUUGAUCAUAUGGUGCGUACAAAUUGGUGGGUUAGGUUAACGAUCAAUAUCUCUUUAUUAGCAACUCGUCAGCUCCCUGGAAAAUAAUAUACUGUGAUUUUCGGAAAUUUUCAAUAAUUUAAGUCUAAAUUAUUGCUUUUCAGUAUUAUUUAAGUGAUAAUUCGGUGAAGCAUAAUAUAAAAGUUACAU